AGAUGUCUUUGUGGUCAGAUGAGGCAAUGUGAGCGCUUCAGGCUCUAGAGGUCUCCAUCCAGCAUGCAGCAACAUCCACCUAUCGGAAUUCUUCCCCUCACUGUCUAGUGCAGCGGACAGCGGUAUAGGAAGGGGAGGAGAACGCUCAGAGCCACGGAGACAGAAGGAACCUGAGACACGCACGCGUCCCGAACGACACAGAAAGGAAGGGAACUUUGAUUUGACGCGUGGCCGAUAAUGAUGAAAUUGACGACACGAAAGAGCUGCAUUCCUUAGUGAAGGGAAUAAUUGACAUUUCGAGUGUUCCAAUAUAUAAUGUCCUUGGAUCCCUGCUCAUUGUAGAUUAUAUUUAAUUGCUCUCUCCUAUUUCUGAAAUCUUUCUUUAUUGUGAUUGUACACUUCGUUCACCCGCAUGAAUUUUAAGGCAGUCUGAGCGCAUUGUUUCCAUUUUCGUCGCAUGGGAUUUCCAGUCGUGUCGGGUGCGGUGAUGUCUGCAACAUUCCGCUCUUUGUUUCUGGUGCUGCUGAGCCUGCUGACGGCCGGCGCCCAGACAGAAAUGAAGAGAGUCGUCGGAGACAACACCACCCUGCCGUGCCACCAUCAGUUCUGGCAAUCCAAUGUGCAGUUGCUUGACAUCGAGUGGCUACUGCAGAAGCCCAACUCCAAGCAGAGAGUGAUCAUCACGUUUUUCGGGGGCCAGGUUUACACCAACGAGGUGACCAGCGGGACCAGUCGUCUGUCUUUCGCUGGGGACUACCUGAAAGGAGACGCCUCCCUGCUCCUCAGUGACUUACAGCUGACCGACUCUGGGGAGUACUACUGCAAGGUCAAGAUGGGGGGAAAGUACCACUGGAGCCAGGUUAACCUCAUAGUGCUGGUGAAGCCCUCUAAGCCACGAUGCUGGAUGGACGGCAGGCUGCUGGAGGGCAGUGAUGUUAAACUGAGCUGCAAAUCCAGUGACGGCUCAGACCCUAUCAAAUACAAUUGGGAGAGGGUGCUGGAUAAGGGAAAGAGUGUUGGGAACCUCCCCCUACUGGCACUGAGAGAUCUGAAGAAUCCAGAGAUCGUCACCCUGCGGAACCUGACGAAGGACAGUACAGGUGUCUACAAGUGCACUGCCAGCAAUGACGUUGGCGAGGAGAACUGCAUCAUCGAGGUCACCAUGCAGUAUGUUCGAGGGAUGGGCGUGCUGGCAGGUGCCGUGGUGGGUGUCUCCUUUGGUGUUCUCCUCAUCAUCCUAAUCAUCUGGCUCGUCUUCCGCAAGAAGGAGAAGAAGAAGUAUGAGGAGGAGGAGACUCCCAAUGAGAUCAGGGAGGAUGCAGAGGCUCCCAAGGCCAAGCUGGUGAAGCCCAACUCUCUGUCCUCGUCCCGCUCUGGCAGCUCCCGCUCCGGGGCCUCCUCAACACAGUCCAUGGUGCACAACACUGCCCCCCACGGGCACCGCCCUCGGCCCCCAGCGAUAGCUGCCCUUAAGGAGAAUGGACAGCCCCCUGACUUCCCCCAGUCCCCCCCAGCAUACACAACGGUGGUACCCCCAAAGACCCCUGAGCCCCCUGGCACCCCCAAAUUCAACAUCAACUCCAGGAAACAGAUCUCUGGGCCCACUCCCCCCACUCUCAUGGUCCCUGCCCAGACCAAGGCCUUUCAAACUGUGUAGGAUGGAGAAGAAAGUCUAUCCUGGCUAUGUUGAUGUGUAAAACCCACCCCUUCAAAGACACAAACUCUUCCGUUAAACAACGAAAUGCAAGUAGUAAAAGGAUGUAAUUAAAAUAAUCAAUAAUAUAAACCCCAAAACUGUUAAUGAAUGCAUACUUUAAAAGGGAAAAUAAGAAAUGCUUGCCCCCUACUGAAUAAAAAACAACAAAAACAAAAAAACUGAGACAGAACACUUUUUUGUUUGUCUCGUGGCUAAAUAACUUAUUUUUACACUUUUCUUUCUACUUUGAAGUCAUGGGAAGCAAUGAGCGAUCACAGCGCUGUGUGCGGUGAGGUGUAAGAAAAACCCAGAGUGGAGCUUUUAUUUAUCAAAUCAAAAGGACAGGAAGAGUGCAGAGAAAAAGGAAGAAAGAAGGAAUGGGUUGAGAAAAGAGAUCCAAAGUGGAGACACGCAGCUGACGACAUGACGGAGGGAUGAGGGCAUGAAACACUGAGAGAGAACCACGCCUCUUUAUUUUGGCCUAGUGGUGUCUCUGACUCAUCCAACCACACCACUCCCAACAGGCAGACACACCAGAGCUUCCAGCCCCCACUACAACCACACACCCCUGGCUUUCUGACAGAGAGCAUGCUGUGUGCCCUGUGAGGAGAGAAACCGCUAGAUCAACCCUCCAGAACACAGGCGGCCGAUGGCACCUUAUUUGGAGAGGACGGGCUCAUAGUAAUGGCUGGAAUGAAAUACAUGGAAUGGUAUCGAACACGUCAAACACAUGGUUUCAUUGUGUGAUGCUAUUAAAUGCACUCCAUUCCAGCCAUUAUUAUGAGCCAUCCUCCCCUCAGCAGCCUCCUGUGCUCCAGACUCUGUGAUGCUUUACGAACUCCAUGACGACAUCUGAGACACAUCAUGUUCCAUGGUCCUGACCCCAUUCAGAGAACAGCUCAUUUGCUUUUCUCAAUAGGAGAAACUUUAGCCACAUUCAUAGGAUGCAGCACUGACAUGGUAGCCAAUCCCUAGCAAACACAGCUGAUUAAACUAAUUGAAUUCUAAACUGAACAUCAUGAUUAGUUGAUAAUUGGAGUCAGGUGUGUUAGCUGGGGCUGGGGCAAAAGUGUGACACCAAUCAGGCCCCUGAGGACUGGCGUUACCAUCCCAUAUGGUACGGAAACUCUUCCCCAAAUUAGCAUAUGGAUGAAUUGGGUGUUAAUGUACAGUACAUAGAGACACAUGACUGAAUAUACUGAAUAAUAAAAAUAACUUUAAGACAAAGGAGGUUUAAUAUCCAUUAUAUUUCAGGUUGUGAAGGGUGACAGACAGCUAUGUCUCAGCCUAAGGAAGUACCACCAAUCCCCAGGAUGGGUCAUCGUUGCUUUAUUUACUCAUUUAUUUACCUCCACUGUUUUGCAAUGUUACGGAAACCAAAACCUGUCAAAAAGUCAAUGAAUGUGUGUUGAACAAAGAUGGUCACUACGAUUAUGUUCUAUGCUUUGUAAGGUACUGAAUAGAAGGAAGUAAAACAUAGUUAAAGAGACACAAAUGACAUUGAAGUUAAUCCCCGAAAUACUGUGGAUGAUUGAAUAGAGGAAGGAGUAUGAUUCUAGGGACUAUUGUACAGUGUGCAUGGUUCCACCCCUGGUAGGUACUCUCCUUGGAUCCACAACAACAGAGUGCCACUCGAUUACUGUCUGAUUGUUUUGAUAGUUUCUCUGUACAUUCUCUGUACAUUGGCCAAGCUUUGGCAUCAGCCAUCCCCUUUGUUGUACAUCUGUCUGACCCUGUGCAGUUUGAAUGAAGUAGGCUAUUUAGUGUGCCUUUGAAAUCCCUAUCCCUGUUGAUGGUUUCUUUUUCUGUCCUUAUCAUGAAUGCACAUGUGGUUUGAGUUAUGUGUUGAUCCAGCUUUGGGAAUCUACUAUCAAAACACAGUGAGACAGGGGCAUUAACCAAACCUGUGGGAUUAUAUGUAUCUGAUCAGAGUCCAUCUGCGCUCUUUUAAGGUCCUUACUACUGAAAAGGGUCUGUUGCAGGUGCGUAGGAGUCAAAGUAACAAUACUGGACGAGAUAGAGACCUGCACCUUGCCGAAAAAAGAAUAGAUCCAAAACUUAGGCUUGAAUGCAAAAUCAAGAUGUUUAUUGAAACAUCAUGGUGUCCAAAGAAUAUAGCAUAGUGCAUAAAUCAAAUGUGAAAACAAAACACAAAUGUUUCUUCCUCAGGCCAUCAGUGGACAUUUUCAGCACACACCUGGUUUCUAUUUCAAUGAUACUUGCAUGUCACAUGGGCAAGAAAAUACAUCAGAAAAUCUAUAAAGUAGUACCUAGUACAAUAGAAUGCAUGAUCUAGAUUAUAUACAAUUGCGGACAGAGAGAAAUCAUCAAUUAUUACUUAUAGAUGUACAAUGUGAACAUUUCCUCAAAAUAAAUAACACAGGAUUGUAAGAGUAGGGAGCUAGAGACACCACUAGCUGGGGGUAUCGUACACAAAUAGUUGCAGAAAACACUUCAAUAACAAUUAUUCAUUCAUGCCUAAAAUAGAAUAUAACGUUAGAAGACCUGCAUGUGGAUACUGUUUGAUAGUGUAUUGUUUUCCAGUGGCAGAGCUGUAGAAUACGCUCACUUUGUAAUAGAUAUCCUUACAUGCUGCACAACUACGACAGAGGUAGAAGCCAGUCACCUGGUGUCAGCCCUAACAGUGAAAUCCCUGACAUUCCUGGCCCUGUAGUGUGAAAUGAGAGGAGGGUCAGAGAAAAUCUUUUGGCAAGCAGGAUCAGCAAUAAGCACAUUCCAAUGCUACUUAAUAGCUCCCUUGAUGUCAUCACUCCCUUGAUGGCAUCACUCACAGAACAAUAUGUAACAGUACAGACAUGAAUGGUUUUUAUUUUAUAAAUUUUUGUAUUACUUUUAUCCCUUCUGGUAGAGGUCUCAUCAAUGGGACGUACUCUACUGAGAGCACUAGAGGCAUGUAGGCUUUGUAUACAAAGUAGUGGACAAAGACCCUGACUGAAGGCGCACAAGGCUAUCCCGGAAGAAUAUCUCGCUAGGACUAAUCUCUGCUAUAAUAUAUGUAUAUGUAUAUGUAACCCAAUCACAAUGCAGAGGGUGUACAUCUCCAUAAUGAGACAACAUUCCAUGCCAAGGGAAUGAUGUACAUUAUAAAUCUUCUUCAGGAUCGGUGGAUCCCCUGCGGGACGGUUGAGUUAACGAAGGCUAAUGUUAUUAGCAUGAGGUUGUAAGUAACAAGUAAACAUAUCUGAUAUUGUCUGAAAGCUUAAAUUCUUGUUAAUCUAACAGCACUGUUUCCAGGAGCUAUUACAGUGAAAUAAUACCAUGCUAUUGUUUGAGGAGAGUGCACAGUUUUGAACAUUAAAAGUUAUUAAUGAACAAAUUAGGCACAUUUGGGCAGUCUUGAUACAACAUAAUGAAAAUUAAUGCAAUGGUUCAUUGGACCAGUCUAAAACGUUCACAUACACUGGUGCCAUCUAGUGGCCAAAAUCUAAAUUCCACCUGGGCUGGAAUAAUACAUUAUGGCCUUUCUCUUCCAUUUCAAAAAUGAUGGUACAAAAAAAUACAAAACUUUUUUUCUUUGUAUUAUCUUUUACCAGAUCUAUUGUGUUAUAUUCUCCUACAUUCCUUUCACAUUUCCACAAACUUCAAAGUGUUUCCUUUCAAAUGGUACCAAUAAUCUGCAUAUCCUUGCUUCAGGGCCUGAGUUACAGGCAGUUGAAUUUGGGUAUGUCAUUUUAGGCGAAAAUUGAAAACAAUGGUACAUGCCUUCAGGGCCACACCAACACCCACACAUUCUCAUGUUAGCCGCUCAUUCAAGUGAGAAGAAUAGUGGGACCAGCUAGGCAUAACCUAUCUGAAUGGAAAAGACUGCAGUGUAGACACGCAGUGUUUAUAUUAGUUUCUGUGACUUGCAGUAUACAGUUGAAGUUGGAAGUUUACGUACAUUUAAACAAAUACAUUUAAACUCAGUUUUUCAGAAUUCCUGACAUUUAAUCAGAGUAAAAAUUCCCUGUUUUAGGUCAGUUAGGAUCACAACUUUAUUUUAAGAAUGUAAAAGGUCAGAAUAAUUGUAGAGAGAAAUAUUUAUUUCAGCUUUUAUUUCUUUCAUCACAUUCCCAGUAGGUCAGAAGUUUACAUACACUCAAUUAGUAUUUGGUAGCGUUGCCUUUAAAUUGUUUAACUUGGGUCAAACGUUUCGGGUAGCCUUCCACAAGCUUCCCACAAUAAGUUGGGUGAAUUUUGGCCCAUUCCUCCUGACAGAGGUGGUGUAACUGAGUCCGGUUUUUAGGCCUCUUUGCUCGCACACACUUUUUCAGUUCUGCCCACACAUUUUCUACAGGAUUGAGGUCAGGGCUUUGUUAUGGCCACUCCAAUACCUUGACUUUGUUGUCCUUAAGCCAUUUUGCCACAACUUUGGAAGUAUGCUUGGGAUCAUUGUCCAUUUGGAAGAUCCAUUUGCAACCAAGCUUUAACUGACUGAUGUCUUGAGAUGUUGCUUCAAUAUAUCCCCAUAAUUUUUUUUUCUGAGGUCUUGGCUGAUUUCUUUUGAUUUUACCCAUGAUGUCAAGCAAAGAGGCACUGAGUUUUAAUGGAGGCCUUGAAAUACAUCCACAGGUACACCUCCAAUUGACUCAAAUUAUGUCAAUUAGCCUAUCAGAAGCUCUAAAGCCAUGAUAUAAAUUACCUGUGUCAGGCACAAAGUAGCUGUCCUAACCGACUUGCCAAAACUAUAGUUUUUAAACAAUAGAUUUGUGGAGUGGUUGAAAAACGAGUUUUAAUGACUCCAAGCUAAGUGUAUGUAAACUUCCAACUUCAACUGUAUGUCUAUUAUUGAAAUCAAUUCAGUUUCACAUGCAGCAAUCUUGUUUUCUCUAGUGGUAACAAUGCCCGUCCAUAAUUCAUACUCAUCUAGGCCUCUGGAAGUCGCUCGCAUGCUAUCUGCCUGGCAAAGCCGUCUUUUAAUAUAGCCAUGCACCGGCCUCUUUGUGUAUUGACAGCUUCCCAUCACACACACAACCAGAAACACAGACACACACACACACAAACACACAGAAACACAUAGAAACACAGACACACACACACAAACACAUAGAAACACAGACACACACACACACACACACACACACACACACACACACACACACACACACACACACACAGAAACAGACACACAAAUGCACAUAAAUACAGACACACACACAUACAGUACAUAGUGAACCAAAAGCCGAAACAGUCAGCCUUGUUAUUUCUGUUCCUUCAGAGUACAUUUGAUGGAUGGUUGGCGGGCAUUACGACUGACUGAUGGCACUCCCCAGCAAAGGGAGCAUAAAAAGAACCAUUGCAUAGCCCAGGAGACAAUACACACACACACAUGAACAGUGCUAUGUGUCUUAGCAUUCUCAAAACAAAUGCUCUCACAGUUUUCAAGGGAAAGUGAGAGAGUAGUGGGAGAGGAGGGGACAUAAAACAAGAUUGAUAUCGAGCCAGAGCUCUAGGCUCCUCCAUUUAAAUUCCCUCCACUGCCUAUAGGAGCAGCUCGGUGGAGGAUAAGAUGCUUUGUCUUAAAUUCCUCCGACUUUUCGAUUUGCUUUCAAGCAACUGGAGGUCUCAGGUGGAAAAUUCCCCAGAUUAUGAGCUCUCGCGUCGCUUUUCCACAUCUGUGCCAGCUUUGUGGACUGUCAAACCUGCUCUGUUUUCUCCAAAUGAAUCCUGAUAGGCUUUUGUCUGAGCAGUCGGGAAUUUAAACUAGGCUUUUUCUCCACCCCCAGAUUUGCAACACCGACAAAAUGGGUCUUAAAGUAGCUCUACUAUAAUGUUAUCAUCAUUCAAAUGUAAGUGAAAUGAUUCAUGAUUCUGAUUAUCCUACAUUAUAUUAUAUGACUAUGAAUCUCAUGUAGCCAAUACGUUUGUGUUCUUAAAGCAGUUUUGGGGAUAAGCAGUUCAGCAUGACAGAUUGAAGCUCAGACUGUAUUUGGACAGCCUCUGGCACGGGAACAUGAUCUGUUGUGACAUUCUGAAAAGGGAGGGGUGGAAGUCCAUCUCAGAAAGGAGGCACGCAAAGGGAGCUGCAUGUCAAAAGCUAUGGAGCAGAUGAGGGGGAAUGCUUUGCUUUGAUGUAAAUGUAUACCAGUAUUUGGCUAAAAAACAUGAUUGUAAAUAUAUAUUACAGAGAGUUUUAUGACGCUUUUAAUUUGUUUUCUAUUUUGGUUCUUCCAAAUCCAUGUACUUUGCACCUUUGUGUGCUGUGCUCAUCACGGGUGAGGGUUGGGGGUUGGGGGGUUUGGUUCUGUCUGUAAUAACCUUGACUGGAUGUCAGACAGACAGCUCAGCAUAGCAUCAUUAAGGGAAAUUUAAACCACUCUUUACUCUUCAAUAAUCUGUCAUCUUCUUUGUAGUUGCUUCUCUUUAUUUGUUGAAAACAAUCCAUGUAAAUAUUACAAGUAAAAAAUGUAUAUUUUUACUACUUCUGAGUUAUUACUAUUUCAUUUGCAAAUAAAAUAUACAAUGACAAGUUA